UGAAGACUACUGAAGACCGGUGCUAGCUUGUUGAUUUCUUCGCGCAAAACAAGCGGAACUGCAAGUCUGCUGGUGCCCAUGUCAAAAUGGGCUCCGCAUCCAGUCUCGCAAAGACUCUCCUCAUUCCUGCCGUGAUUUCAUUAACAUUAUAUCUUCUCAUCUCCUUCCUCAUUGUUCCCUUCUUCCGCCGGUACCACCAGCGAUACUCUCAAUAUCUCCCGCUAGAAACUAUAACAGCGCAUACAUCCUCGCUGUGGGAACGGAUAGCAGACGCCAUCAUGCGUCGAUUCCUUCCGUCGACUUGGCGGCAGCAUGCACACAUAUCAGAUGCGAAUGAUAAUAUCAGCAUACUCGACGAGGAAGGGGAAAUUAUGGUUGGCAUGAACAUGGACUCCGCGCAUCGCGAGGCACUAGAGCAGCGGCGAAGUACGGUUGCUGAAGACGAGGGGAGACUGAGUCGGGAGCUCGAAGAAGGAUUCAUGGACGAUAGUGAUGAUGAAGUGAACCGAGACAAUUGGAGAGGACGAGCGUCCCAUCGAUAAUGCGGCCUUGUAUUCCUCAUAACCCACUUGUAUCUGUAUAUAACUAGAUACUUUAUAUAUAAAUGGGCUAAAUUAGGCGUUUGAGUUGAGCGGCACAUCAAUUUUACUUUUCAUUCGAUAUUUCAUUUGUUCUCACCAUCCACUACAUACUUCCACAGGCUGCUUAAGCUAUUUUGCUGGUGAUUGUCCUUGUACAUCAUGUCUAGAACUGAAUAGCCAGGGUCAACAAUUGAAUAAAAUGGAACUUGGGCGUUACUAUAUCGCGCACAAAACGAGGAAGCUUCCUGGAGUUUGAAGUAUUUAUUUCAUUUCAGGUAUCAUAACUUCAAUAGUACUGA